ACUACUGCUGCGCCCAAGCUUUUCUGGAACGAGACAUCAGGUCUCUGUUGUGACUCGCUCUUCAUUUAGCAUGGAGUCCCUACCGCUAGCUUUUCACGGGGGCCAAGAAAACCAUGUUUUACACGUGGAAAACGAUCUGGUACGUAAAGGACCCCGUCGCAAGAGGGAGUUCAUACCUGAAGAAAAGAAGGAUGAGCUCUACUGGGAGAAACGUCGCAAGAACAACGAAGCUGCCAAGCGGUCACGGGAGAAGAGAAGGAUGAAUGACUAUGUGCUGGAGACUCAUCUCAUGGCUCUGAAAGAAGAAAACGCCAGGCUCAGUGCUGAGUUAAUGGCCAUCAAGCUUCACUUUGGCUUGGUUCACCCUGCAGCGUACACAGGCCAACAAAGUAAUCCACUGCAAUGCCAUUUCAACAGCAGCAGCCAGCCUGUAAGCACCACCAGCACCCACCAACAAUCCCUGCAGAGAAACUACUACUGGGGUGGUAGAGACUCUUCUGUCCUGCCCAGUCACCAGCCUUCUAACUCCUUUCUGAUCCCUGCAUACGCCCUUCAUACGAUGAGAGGCUAUUCGUAUUUCAACAGACCAGCUACUAGCGGCUCUGGCAUCCUCAAGCCCCUUGUGCUUCCUCGAAAUCUCCUGCCAACCCAUUCCCCUCAUCCCAUAGGUCCUCUACUGAAGCCCAUGGCAACAAGAACCCCCUCAGAUGAAGAGGAGGAGCAGCAGGUUCCAGGGCUGCUGUCCAUGUCUUGCCCACCUCCGCCUCAUAAAAUCAUCGCCAGAGCAGGCAGAGCCCAUUCUCCACAAAGACAAUACAUGUCUGACUGACUGUGAAACACAGAAGGACGAAUCUAGCGUACAGCUUCAUCAACCAAGAAACAAAUGUGUUAUUUCUUUUUCAGUACUGUCAUACAUGCCUGCUGACGAUGUAACGUUAUUGCUGGGAACUAACAGCUCAAGGUGCGCAGCCCUUUCAAAACGAGAACUUUUCAAGUGUGUGCAGCAUGCAAACCUCCCCCCCUCUCCACUUUUUGUUCCUACAGAAUCAGCUGUCAGCUCUAAGUUGCUGAUCAUUCCCAUUGCAGCCACAUAAAGAACAUUCUAAAGUAGGAGUACAAUUUUUUCCAUACAGUCCAUUCAUGCUGUUUAACUUCACAGAACACGAUGCUGUGGUGUUUGUGCAGUUCGCUGUUUGGUACUUUCCUGAGAAAGUAUACAAAGACUAAAACGUACACAGAAUUGGGCGGGUAGCCACAUGUGGGUCAGUGACGAUAACAACACACGCUCACCUUUGCCCACCACUCUCAGUUCAGAAAUCUGUUAAUGUUAUGCAAACUGUGACUGAGCUACAGAUGUGUGUCCGGUGUCACGAUGUUUCACUGGUGUUAAUGCAGAAUUUACAAUUAAACUUCUCUGUCAUCAUAUCACACAC